GCAGAGAGAAACCGCGUGCCGGCUGGUACACUAUCACCACAUCAUGAGGUCUAUGGAUCAAGAACCUCUCCAAUAAUGUCCCCACAAGCAACCAUCGUGGAGGAUACCUGCUUGGGGCCACGUUCACCAUCGCCACGUCCCAACUCAAGGUCAUCAUCGCCAGGCGCAAAGCGGAGAUACCCUUGCACUGAGCACUACGGGAGUCAGCAACCUUCCACUUCUCCACGGCAAUCGAGGACCCCCUCUCCACAGGCCUCUCCUCAGAUCCCCCUGAGAGAAGACGGAUCUUCAGUCACUUAUACCCAGUUGUCCACCUCCUCUAGCCUCAUGGAUGCAAUGAGCAACCUCACCACCGAUCCUUCCUGCGGAGUUCCCACCAAAAUAUGGAGGACCAGCCCAGAUCCUUCCCCAAUGUCUUCUCACAAAGCUGGCAUGCCGUGUCAUGUACUUCAACCUAUCGAAUACAUUGGGUCUUGCGAGCAGGAUGACCGGAGAAACCCACCGCCGGAGUCUAUCUUGUUGGUGCCGCCAUCUUGGCCAAAGCAGCUGAUGCCUGCAAUACCCAUCUGCAGCAUUCCUGUGCAGUCCCUUCCGCCACUUGAGUGGCCGCUCUCCAGUCAUUCCGGCUCUUACGAACUACGGAUCGAGGUGCAGCCAAAACCCCACCAUCGUGCCCAUUAUGAAACAGAAGGAAGCCGAGGGGCAGUCAAAGCACCAACAGGGGGACAUCCUGUGAUCCAGCUUCAUGGUUACAUGGACAACAAGCCUCUGGGCCUUCAGAUCUUCAUUGGGACAGCAGAUGAGCGGAUCCUUAAACCCCACGCUUUCUACCAAGUCCAUCGCAUUACAGGGAAAACGGUCACCACCACAAGCUAUGAGAAAAUUGUUGGCAACACCAAAGUGCUGGAAAUCCCUCUCGAGCCAAAAAACAACAUGAAAGCAACCAUUGACUGUGCAGGGAUUCUUAAGCUGAGGAAUGCAGACAUUGAACUACGGAAAGGGGAGACGGAUAUAGGCCGGAAGAACACCCGUGUGCGUCUGGUUUUCCGAGUGCACAUCCCCGAAUCCAGUGGCAGGGUGGUCUCUUUGCAAGCGGCGUCCAACCCCAUUGAAUGCUCCCAACGCUCCGCUCAUGAACUUCCGAUGGUUGAGAGGCAAGAUGUCGAUAGUUGCCUAGUUUAUGGUGGACAACAGAUGAUCUUAACUGGCCAGAAUUUUACAGCAGAAUCUAAGGUUGUGUUCACAGAGAAGACCCCAGAUGGGCAACAGAUUUGGGAAAUGGAGGCCACAGUGGAUAAAGAUAAGAGCCAACCUAAUAUGCUUUUUGUAGAGAUACCAGAAUAUCGGAACAAGCACAUUCGUACACCCAUCAAGGUGAAUUUCUAUGUGAUUAAUGGGAAACGGAAAAAAAGCCAGCCACAACAUUUUACCUACCACCCAGUGCCUUCCAUCAAAACAGAGCCCAUUGAUGACUAUGAUCCGACUUUAAUCUGCAAUACAGUACACAGCGGUCUGAGAACAGUAACACAGCCUUAUUAUUCACACCAUACAAUGGUCUCCGAGUCUCCUUCCUGUCUUGUGGCUACAAUGGCUUCGUGCCAGCAGUUGCGUUCAAGCCUGUCUUCUCCUGAAUCUCAGUAUCCUCAACCAAACCCAGGGGCUGUAAUAUAUCAAAGAAGCAAGAGUCUCAGUCCUAGCCACCUGGGUUACCAGCAGUCUGGCUUGAUGGCUGCACAACUUUCCAUUCCAGAUGUUCACAGGUCUGUGCUGGUGCACACAGGCUCUCCCAGCCAAAGCUCAGCAGUGCUCCAUCAUUCUCCAACCAAUCAGCAGUCUUCCCCUGUGAUCCACUGCUCUCCCACAGCCAAUCAGCAGCUGAGGUGUGAAAGCCAUCAAGAAUUCCAGCACAUCAUGUGUAGUGAAAAUUUCACACCCAGUGGAGCUAGACCCAGCCAACCUCAGGUCAGCCAAGCACAAAGGUUAAGCCCAAAUUCAUACCCUACCGUGAUUCAGCAGCAGAGAACGGCCAAAAAUGGACCACCAGUAAGCGAUCAGAAGGAAGCAGUGCCACCCGGAGUCACUGUCAAACAGGAGCAGAACCUUGACCAGGCCUACUUGGAUGAUGUUAACGAAAUUAUCAGGAAAGAGUUUUCUGGACUCCCAGCCAGAAGUCAGACAUAGAAGAAGAGAUUUGUGAGACGACUUUUACUGAAUGCUUCCGUACCUGACCUCUUAGAUUCUUCUUCUGCCCUAUCAGCCUCCUGCUUCCUUAACUGAUCAUCUCAAGGCACCGGUUCAACACCAGGAACAAUGCACUGGCACCAAACUGACAGCUUUUACUAAGCAACUCGGCACCUCUCACUAUAAACAUCAA